AUGCGUGUUCCAUACAUAUCCUUUCUACUCUUGGUGGCCAAUAUUGUGGUCGCCUUGCCCAAUCCUGGACAUUCCAACUCCCGGAAGGCUCCUGACACUGUUGUCAUUGAUGGCUCUCGCCUCGUGGCUGCACAGGCGCAGCUUAGUAGAGGCGAUCACAGUCUCGAAGUUUCCUUGAAUCGUCUCGUUUCCCAAGCCGAUAGUUGGCUUAGUCAAGGCCCCUGGACAGUUACUUCAAAGACCAAGGCACCUCCAAAUGGCACGAUCCAUGAUUAUGCCUCUCAGGCGCCAUACUGGUGGCCUAAUCCCAACACUUCAAAUGGCUGCCCCUACAUUCAAAAGGACGGUGUGCGCAACCCGGAAGUGGACAACUACCCAGACAAGAUCAACUCUAUUAAAGUAUUCAACUCAACAUACAUCCUCUCACUCGCAUGGUACUACACCGGCAACCCGAAAUAUUCCAAUCAUGCAGCAGAAAUCAUUCAUACUUGGUUUCUGGACCCUAAGACGGCCAUGAACCCUAACCUCGACCAUGCGCAAAUAAUUCCUUGCGCCAACACUGGCCGAUCUAUUGGUAUCAUAGACUUCUCCCAGGACUAUACUGAAGUGAUCGACGCUGUCGCUAUCCUCAACGCUGGUGCCCCCGGAUGGACCGAGGCAUACGCGGCAGCAUUCCAAGAAUGGAACAAAAAGUUUCUUUUAUGGCUUGCGUACUCCCCGUUCGGAGUCCAAGAAUCCAGUGCAACGAACAACCACGGCACUUUCGCAAACAUGCAAAUCACGGCCCUUGCCCUCUUCACCGGCAACCAUUCUCUUGCACUCAACAAGGCGAAGCUCGCAAAAGAAUUCAUCAAUAAUCAAAUCACACCCAACGGCUCCCAACCUCAAGAACUUGUGCGCACGCGGAGCUUCCACUACUCCAACUUCGACCUCACAGCACACCUACGCUGGGCUUUAAUCGCACGGAAACUUGGAGUCGACUUAUUUAAGUACAAAGGCCCACAGGGUCAGACGCUGUUCAAGGCAGUGAACUUCCUAGUGCCGGCGGCGACCGGUGGCGUGAGUGAUUGGGCAUAUGAGGAGCUGCAGUUUACUCACGGCGCAAGAGGGCGAUAUUACGGCAGAGGCGGCAGUGCAGAAGUUGCUACCCCCUCCUGGGGGUGA